GGUUACUUCCAGUGCGACUUGCAGUUGGUUUCGUCCACAAGACAGGAAGCAGGCCGACGAUUUGUGAAGAUGGUGCUCGGUCCAGGCUCCGCUGCUUAUCGUAAAAAUAUGUGACAUCUUCACUGUCACCGUGGAGGUUUUGCUCGCUGGAUGCACGAUGCGCCUGUGGACUCGGGUCAGGUAUGACUCGUAGCCGGCUGUUAUUAGCUUAGCUAGUCGCUGCUUCGCUCGCUGCGCAGGGCUCAGCUGAUUCGCUGCAGCGGCGCAGACUCCGGCUGAAAGAUGUUGAGGCCUUAGAUGUCAGAUUGGCGACGGUGUGCUCAUUCAACAAACCCAGAUAUGUCCUCGCAGCUCCAGGUGUUCUCCUCCCCCUCUGUUUCCUCCAGUGCCUACUCUCGGCCAAAGAGGCUCAAAGUGGAGAACCCCACUUGGGAUGUCUCCAACCGGUUGGCGGACAGCGGCUACUAUCAGCAGAGCCCUUCGCAGGCAGCUGCCCCCUCUACUUCUGGCUCUAACCUUGACCUGGUGUACAACUCCAAUCAGGUCCAUCCCCCUACAGCCGGCUCCAGGGAGCAGACGGUGGUGCGAGCUGCAGACAGCACAGGAAGCGUUCGUGGACCUGCUUCCUCCUCCUCCUCUUCCUCUUCCACCUCUUCCAGCCGGCACAUUAAGGAUGCAGGGUCCUCCUCCCAACACUGCGAGCUUUACCAAAAGCAGUACAGCUUGAAGAGGAAGAGCGAGGAGGUGGACAGCAGCGACAGCGUACAGAUACUAGAGGAGCUUUCGGCGCCUGUGGCAUCGAACCGCGCCGGCGGCGGAGGGGGAACCACCACUGCUCAGUCCAUAGCUCACUCCACCUCCACCACCAAAAGUAGCAACUCCCACAGCGAGGGCGAUUACCAGUUGGUCCAGCAUGAGAUCCUGUGCUCCAUGUCCAACAGCUAUGAGGUGCUUGAGUUUCUGGGGCGGGGCACCUUUGGGCAGGUGGCAAAAUGCUGGAAGCGGGGGACCAAUGAGAUAGUGGCCAUUAAAAUACUGAAGAACCACCCGUCUUAUGCACGACAGGGGCAAAUAGAGGUGAGCAUCCUCAGCAGACUGAGCACAGAGAACGCAGACGAGUUCAACUUUGUCCGCUCGUACGAGUGUUUCCAACACAAGAACCACACGUGCCUGGUGUUCGAGAUGCUGGAGCAGAACCUUUACGACUUCCUGAAGCACAGCAAGUUCAGCCCUCUGAUGCUGAAGUGCAUUAGGCCCAUCCUGCAGCAGGUCGCCACAGCGCUGAUGAAGCUGAAGAGCCUGGGGCUGAUCCAUGCUGACCUUAAACCAGAGAACAUCAUGCUGGUUGACCCUCUGAGGCAGCCGUACAGGGUGAAGGUGAUCGAUUUCGGCUCUGCCAGCCAUGUUUCCAAAGCAGUGUGCUCCACCUACCUCCAGUCCAGAUAUUACAGAGCUCCAGAGAUUAUUCUAGGUCUCCCUUUCUGUGAAGCGAUCGACAUGUGGUCUUUGGGGUGCGUCAUUGCUGAGCUGUUUCUGGGAUGGCCCCUUUAUCCCGGUGCAUCAGAGUACGACCAGAUCCGGUAUAUUUCCCAGACUCAGGGUCUCCCAGCAGAGUAUCUGCUGAGUGCAGGAACCAAGACGAGCCGUUUUUUCAACCGAGGCCCCGAUGCAAGCUACCCUCUCUGGAGACUCAAAACACCUGCUGAGCAUGAGGUAGAGAUGGGCAUCAAGUCUAAGGAGGCAAGGAAAUACAUUUUCAAUUGCCUGGAUGAUAUGAUGCAGGUGAACAUGACCAGCCUGGAGGGCACGGACAUCCUGGCGGAGAAGGCCGACAGACGGGAGUUCAUUGACCUGCUGAAAAAGAUGCUUACUCUCGACGCAGACAAGAGGAUCACACCCAUGAAGACGCUGAACCAUCCUUUUGUUACUAUGACUCAUCUGCUGCACUUUCCCCACAGCUCACAUGUGAAGUCUUGUUUCCAAAACAUGGACAUAUGCAAACGCAGAUGCAGCGCAUUUGAGAACGGGAAGAACAUGUUUGCCAGCAGCAGCACUCCGAGCGCAGCCGCCAACCUAACUGUCACAUUCAGCAGUCAGCUUAACCAACACAAUCAGAUGGCGUCCACAGGGGGACAGUCUCUGUCCCUCAGCAGCAACGUCCCGCUGCUCAACUAUCAGCCGGGUCUCUACCAGCAGGCCACCAUCAACAUCCCGGGCCUGACCCAGCAGAGCGUUCCUCUGCAGACCCGACCCACGCAGCUCUGCGCCCAGACAGAACCGUUCCAGCAGACACUCAUCGUCUGCCCUCCAACCAUCCAGGGUCUCCAAACCACCAGUAAGCCUUCUGGUUACCCAGUAAGAAUGGACAGCUCUGUACCAUUGGUCGCUCAGAACCAGUCCUCCCAGUCUCUCCACCUCCAGCCCAGCAUGCUGACACAGCAGGGCUGGCCGGCAGGAACGCAGCAGAUCCUCAUCCCUUCUACCUGGCAGCAGAUGCCUGGCAUGUCCAUCCACAACCCAGGCCAGGCCGUGGUGCCCGACUCGCCCGUAGGCGCUCCGGUGCCUGAAGGCCAACAGGCUGCUGGGUGGAGGGGUCGUCAUGGUAACCAGUACGACGGCGUCAGCCAGCAGGACUCUGGCGUCAACCGUCAUGCCGGCGUGCAGAACCACAGCUCAGGGGCUGCUCACGCCAGAUCUCAGCAGGGCAAGAGGUCAAAGGGCCGACAUGCAGAAAACAGAGCCAGGCUGCAUUCAGCUUCCACAGUCGUCCACAGCGCUUCUUUCCCCGGUGACCAGUCUCAGCCCAUUGUCAUCUCUGACACGCCGAGUCCCGCCGUUAGCAUCAUCACCAUCCACAGCGACUCGGAGGACGAGGGCGAGACGAAGGUCAUGGCUGCCUGCUCUGGACCGAGCCAGAGAACAAACGUGAUCAGCUGUGUGACGGUGCACGACUCCCACGACUCCGACUCUUCCAGCACCAGCAGCCCUCUGAGCCCUGAGACCAACUCCCAGCCCUCCAAGUCUCUGGCCGUCGUCAUGCCCUCUGUGAAGCCUCAGCCUGCUGAGAGCGCAACCACCAAGCCAGCAGCAGCCUCAGAUCCUGCAGUCGGAGCCUCCGCUAAGUCCAAGAAGGCGUCGGCUCAGUCGUCAUGCCGAACAGGAGAUUCCAGCACCGAUCGGCAUCAGCGCGCAGCAUCCAGCAGAGCUCAACCUCUUAACCUCAGUCAGGUGCAGCAGUCCGUGAUGCCGUCUUCCCACAGUCACACAGGAAGCGGUGGCUCCCUACGCCAUCAGCCCACAUACCCGCCGCCCGUUUCCUCUCACUCCUCCUACCGCCUUCAAGACGCCGCCCUUUUCAGCUCCACACCGAACCUGUACACCUACCCGGCCUCAGCCGCCCUGGCCUCCGUGUCCCAGGCCGUAGACCAAAUGCAGGGCGGCCGGCCGAGCGGCGCCUACUCCUCCCUGGCUCUACUGCAAAAGAACGUGGGUUUGGCGCUCAGUGGGUCUGCAGCCGGACAGUACAGCAACCCUCAACCCCAGCCUUUCCACCGUUCCAGUGCUGCUUACCAGAGAAAGCUCAACCAGUUCCCCCCGUACAUGUGAUGGCUGCAGCAGCACUCUCCCAUAAUCAAACUGGGGCUGGAGAUGAGCACAGACCUCGUUUCUGUGCUCUUAGUUUAAACAUGGCUCCAUUUUUAUUUUAAUCUGCUCCACUUUAUUUCUGCUGCAUCACUGUGACAAGCGGCGCAGCCCAACCGAAAGUUAUCCAACAUCCUGAGUUGCAACAUUUCAUUGAGUAAGAGGUGUAUGUUGUAGAGAAACUGAUGCUGCCUUUUUUUUUUUUUACAGUAUUUUAUUCACAAACUCAGCUGCCUUAUAAGGGCAGCUUCCCUUUUUUUUAAAAAAAAAAGUAACGUCUGCACAUUGUGGUAAGUUGGAUUAAGAUGUUCCAGUAAUGAAUGUAGUAUGUAUGUAUUUUAACUUUUAAUCAAAAACAAAAAAAGUUAACAUACUGUGCUGUGUACUGAUGUGUCAGUGUUUUAUAUGUGACUGAAUACAACCCUUGGGGUCAAAGGUUAAUUGUAUUGAAAGAUGCUGUGUGUUAUGGAUGAAUUCAGGACUUAAACAUCCCGUAGAGGCCACAUUAUGGGAGUAGAUCUCAACAGAAAUUUGUAACCUGUUCUUCAGUUAGAUUUGAAAUUUAUAUAACACAAGUGUUCAUUUUUUUGGAAAAAUGUUCGUUUUGUUUUGUGAAGUGGUGUCUGUGAAGUAAACUGUCCAAACGUCUUAAUUGGGUAGAAGUCUGUGGGGGAAAAAAAUUACUGCAUUUGAUUUGACGCAAACCUGACGAUGACAAUUAGCUAAAAGAUAAAUUAAUGUUCAGAUGUUGCUGUUUCAAAGUGAAGCAUCAGUUUGUUAACGUGAUGGCUGUCUGUACAUUAAUGUGCAACAUUAGAGAGAAACACAGUGAUCCUGGACCUGUAUGUAUGCAAUAAAAUCUCAAAAAUAUAAA